GAACAAUGAUGGACAUUUUCAAAUUUGACGAGAUUUCAAGCACAGUUCAGAAGGCACCCUCGUUAGUACCUUGAAGGUGGCGUGCCGGUGGUGGAAGGUCUUGAAAAUAGUUGAACUAAAGCGUGACAAAUCGUGCCGUCAGUAGUGUUUCUGAUUUCAUUCAAAGAGACAUUUGGGCGUCACAGAACGGGCCACUCGACGAUGCCUAGCAUUAGCACAGAGACUUUUCCGCGUUUUGUUCCGGUACGUAAAGUAGACAAAAACUUAGUCAACAAGCCCCCAGUGAGGAAGCCCGCUCUACCCGGGACAGUUUGUUGUUCCGCCUCGCGGAUUACUUGGCGUUGCCACAAACGCACGCAGACACACAAAAUCGACGAGGGGGCACAACGUAACCGAACCUUCGCUGUUAUACUGAGCCCGAACAGAGCGGCCACCCGAGAUGCCGCUUCUUCACAGGAAAGCCUUCGUCCGCCAGGAGCCUCCGGCCGACUUGCGUCCCGACGAGGAGGUCUUCCUUUGCCGCAUCACCCAUGAAAUCUUCCGCAGCUACGAUGAAUUUUUCGAGAGGACCAUCCUUUGCAACAGCCUGGUGUGGAGCUGUUCCUUGACAGGCCGAGCGGGUCUCACCUACCUGGAGGCAGUGGAGAGCGAGCGACGGGCUAAGCAGAGCCUUCAGAACUUUCCGCACUCACUGGUGCGGCCACUGCUGCACCUGGCAGCACUUGGCCGUCGCAGCCGCCUGAGCGAGCUCUGCGAGGAUGUCUACAGCUUUGCCAAAGACCGCUUCUUCCCCGGUGAGACGGUGGACGUCAGCGGACGCGACGAGGCCAGGCAUAUGUGCGAAAUCCUUCAGGUCCACUCGUCACAUUCCAGCACAAACGGAGCAUCAACCGUUAACGGACAUAAUAAGUCAUCCACCAGCAACGUCAUCGUCAUCAGUGACAGCGAUGAUGACGAAGCCGCCGCCUUUCAGAGUCCCAGCAGAAAAAGGAAGAGGCCUCUGAGUCCAUCGGCGUUCAAGUACGAGGUAAGGAUCAUGACUGAGGAGCACAGCGAGCCGUUUGUCGUCAGAGCCAAUCAGAUCAGUCGCAGGAAAAACGUGAUGUCGCGCGAGCGCCUGAAGCUGCUGCUCAAGCAGCACUGCGAGCCAGCCGACGGGAUGGUUCGGCUCAAGGCAUCCAGCGUGGUCAAGUACCGGUUGGCCGAGCAGAACCUUUCCCACUUCUUCCCGGAUGAGCCUCCCCGGUUUCCCUGCAGCAUCAAGAAUGAGGCGGGCUGCUUGCCGGCACAGGCCGGCACGUGGUUGCUGAAGGCGACGGCAGCGGAGAAUCUGAAGCUGCUGCAGCAGGAGGAGGAGAUGAUGCCCAAGGCCGGGCUGAAGACGGCCCAGGAGGAGGCGGCCAAGUUGAAGGAAGAGCAGAGGCAGCGCUUUGAGCAGGACAAGCAGAAGAGAAGAGAGGAGAAGGAGCGCCGCAAGCAGGAGAAGGAUCUGGAGCGUGAAAAGCUGAAGGAGGAGAAAAAGAAAUACGUGGAGAGGCUGAAACUGUGGAACAAACCCAGAGAAGACAUGGAGUGUGAAGACCUGAAGGAUCUGCCCGCUCCCACGCCCGUUAGGACUCGUCUGCCGGCCGAGCUCUUCGGGAAAGCCCUGAUGGUCCUGGAGUUCUUGCGGGCCUUCGGCGAGGACUUUGGCCUCAAGGACGAAUUCCCAGAAGGAGUCACUCUGGAGGUUCUGGAGGAGGCUCUCGUGGGUUCUGAUCCGGAAGGUCCUCUGUGUGAGAUGCUCUUCUUUUUUAUCACGGCCAUCUUUCAGGCUCUGGAUGAGGAGCGAGAGGAUGCGGCCAAAGAUGCGCAAGAAGAUCAGUCGGAAGCUCAGGACGACGAUUCGGAUCGGGUGGCGUCAGCCGCGAGUGCCGACGUGACCUCGGCUGCCGCCUGGUCUCAGCUCCACCUGGGCUGCGGCCUGCACGAGGUGGACCUGGACAGCUGCACGCUUUCGGAAAUCCUACGCCUUCACAUCCUAGCGUCCGGCGCCGAUUGUAACCACGGCAACCCCAAGUUCCGCUACCAGAGGCAGGGCGGCUUCACGUCCACAGACGACCCCUGCGUGGAGCUCUGCUCAGCCCGGCCGGCGCUGAUGACAAAGCUGGCGCGCACAGCCGUCUACGAUCUGACGGCGGGCGAGAAACUGAGCAUCCUGCAAGCCUUGACGGGCAAGCUGCUGACUUUGGCGUCCAGCAGAGAUCUGAUCGAGGAAUGCGUGGAGGAGCAACGCAUCGCCAGGCAAGAGCUGAGGGAGCUCCGGACCGAGCGGCACCGCAGGGAGAGAGAAGAGGCGGCGCGCAGGGUGCGCCUCCGCAAAGAGGAGCGUCUGCGCGAGCAAGAGCAGCGCCUUAAGAUGAAAGAUGGGAUGACGGAAGCGUCGGGCCACCCCAAGAACACAAAAGGUGACUCAUCCGAGGACACGUCUCUCUCCUCAGCCGAAGUCAAAGAAUUGCUACCGACCGCUGACCCCAAAGCUCCAACAGACCCCCCUGGCGCGCUGACGGCGGAGGAACUGGAGGCGGAGCAGGAGAAGGUACGCGAGCUGCACGAGCGCAUCCAGAAGGCGGCAGCCUGCACCAGCCUGCACCCGCUGGGCCGGGAUCGCCUUUACCGACGCUACUGGUUCCUCCCCUCGGCCUCGGCGCUCUUUGUGGAGGAGGACGGAUUUGGCCUGACUGAGGACAUGCUGCGGCCCCACCCUAAAGCCGCCCCGGACCCUGCCGCCACUGACUUGGAGGACGGCCAGCGUGUCCAGCAGGAGCCUGCGGAGGGAAGUGUCGGCUCGAGUCCAGCGCCCCUGCACUGCUGCGGCCCGCCGGUCAACCGUCCCAACCAGUGGUUCUUCUACAGCUCGGUGGAGGAGUUGGACCAGCUGAUGGACGCACUGAACCCACGAGGCCAUCGCGAAAGUGGCCUGAAGGAGGCGCUACAGCAGGAGCGUGAGCGUCUGCAGGAGGUUCUGCAGGCCUGCCAGCGCAGCAAGUACACUUGCACCGACGAUCCCGAGUCAUCCCGAUCUGUCCCGGAAUGCACCGCUGCGGCCGAGACCCUCAUGGAGGGGCGCCUGAGAGACCUGCUGCUGGACAUCGAAGACCGCAUCCACCAGGGAACGCUGGGAACGCUCAAGGUUAUGGGCCGACGCAAGUGGCGGGCGGCACUGAAGACGGGAAACUACCGGCUGCUGAGUCCUGAUGGAAGCGAAGCCCCGACAGAGGACUUGACUCGCCUGAACGCCGGACACGGGCUGCCAGCAGACAAGAUGGUGGCGGUGAGAAGUCUAGCUCGGGCGCUGGGACACGUGGAGCGCGGCAUCGAAAGGCGCUUCCUCAAAGCUCCGCUAGACAGCGUCAGUGACAGCAGUCGUGCUGCCAAGUCUGUGCUGGAGUGCUGGAGGGAGUCUCUGCUGUCGUCUUCCAGUCUGUCGCAGGUCAUUGGUCCCGCCUUCCUCUGCUUUUGGAUGGCUCCGUUUGAAUCAUUUGUGUGUGUGUGUGUGUGUGUGUGUGUGUGUGUGUGCGCACGCGUACGCCUACAGGUUUUUGUUCAUUUAGCCAUCCUGGAGAGAAGUGUGCGGUGGUCUCGCUCGGUCCUGAACGCCCGCUGCCGCGUGUGCCGCCGCAAGGGCGAUGCCAACAACAUGCUCCUGUGCGACGCGUGUGACCGCGGCCACCACACGCGCUGCCUCCGACCACGCCUCAAGAGCGUUCCAGAGGGCGAAUGGUUCUGUCCCGACUGCCGGCCCAAGAAGAGGUCCGGCCGCCUUCCUUCGCGACGGCGGUCUUUGCUGGACCGUGACAGAGAUGAGAAAGAGGAGACGAUGUCUGAGGAAGAGUCCGAGGACCAAGAGGAGUCGGAAGAGGAAGAGCCCGAUUUUGUUGUGAGUACCAGGAAGAGUCAGGCUGCGACCCCCAAAGGCAGGAGCACUCAGGCCACGUCCAAAAGUCAGCAAUUCACCACGUCAAAUGGGAAAUCCAAGUUGUCGGGCAAAAAGGGUGCGUCGCUUCUGUUCAGGGCCGGUGCGUCGGGCGGCAAGGCCCCGCCCCCGUCCGGCAGCAAGAACGACAGUGGCGCCAGAAGGUCGUCGGGGCGCAAGAGAGCGCCCACCCCAGACGCUUUGCCGACUCCAUCGGAACCUCGCAAGUUAGUCCGUCUAGCCGCCACCUCGUCCUCGAGUAGCCGCCGCUCGUCCGGGAGGAACCAAGGCGUCCACGAGCUGUCGGCGUGUGAGCUCCUAGUGGUGGAGCUUGUCCGCCACGAUGACAGCUGGCCCUUCAUGAAGCUGGUGACCCGCACACAGGUGCCCGACUACUAUGACAUCAUCAGCAGACCCAUCGCGCUCAGCAUCAUCCGAGAAAAAGUCAACAACUGCCAGUACCUCAACGCAGGUGACUUCAUCUCUGACGUGGAACUGAUGUUCUCCAACUGCCUCCAGUACAAUGCUCGCCACACCAACGAAGCCAAGGCGGGAGUGCGCCUGCAACAGUUUUUCCGCGCCCAGCUCAGCAAGUUGGGCCUCUCAGAGCAUGCCCCAACCCAAGCGCCGGCCACCAAGCGAGCUCACCUCUGAGCUUGUCACUAUUUCACACACGUCGCAAUCUUGAGGUGACUCGUUGACCACAUUUCAUGGGACUGCAGGGGUCAGAGGUCAUCGUGAAUUGACCAGUUUGUAGAGCAUUAUCCCGUCCCGCCGCUGGCCUUGUUACAACUACUGACCUCUGACCUGCUGAUGUUCAGCGUGUGACUACUUGUGGUGCUUGACUCGAAUCUUUUUGCACUGAAAGCAAACGCACGCGCUCAUCUUUUGCGUUUCUCAGGGACAACAACGAAAAAGUAGUGAUUUUCUUGCUGGCUACCAAAUAAUAUUCUCAUUUCUGUUGCUCAUUCCGCAUUGUUUUUCUCCCAGAAACGCCACUAAUGUUGCAUGCUGGAAAUCAGGUGUGUCAUCGUUAAAAAAAGUCCACACACUCACUGGGGGGAAAAAAGAAAAACAUUUUCAUUUUGUCUUUGUGAUCAUAAAACUUACCAAGAUUGUUUUGGUUCAGAGUUUGAUUUAUGUUCUUUGGAAAACAUCCCACUGCUUAGCUUAGCUUAGCAUUGUUCAUGUGUUCAACCCCUUUUGUUGUGGACUUUUGCCAGUGUGUUUUUGGAGUGCAGGUCGAUGUUAUUGUUUUGCCUCCUUAUUUAUUUCUGACUGAAAGAUGACAUUGCUGCUGUCACCACUUUGUGCAGCCUGCUUGUUAUGGAAAAUAAAGUGUUUUAUAUCAUAACGUA